AUGCCUUUCAUGGCAUCAAAGUUCACGCCCCCCCUUCGGACCCUUUCCCUGUCACGCUGGGAUGCUCGCGCGUUCCCAUUUGCCCAGCAGGGAUUCCAAGGUGUGGUGCGUGCGCUGCUCAAAAUCUGUCAUCCCAUCGCUGAUCGCCGGCCUCGGCUCUUUAGUCAGUUGAUCGACGACUCUCCCGAUCACUCUCCUCAGGGAUUUUGCUGCCCUGCGUCGGGCCCCCCUGUUCCUGUUGGCUGCUGGCCUGGCCUGCUGCGCUUUUCCUCGCCCAGCUCGCCCUCGGCCCUGGCCCCUCGCGACUCGCAGUCGCAGUCGCAGCCGCAGCGCCAUAUUAUAGGACGCGACAGCGACGGCGAACGUACCACGGAACCAGCCACACUUCGGGCCUCCCCCGCGGCGAUUAUUCAUUCUCCCCUCCCGUCCCACCCGAGCCGCCACUUCCCGGAUCCGAACGUGGCUCUGGUGGUUAGUCAUUCGGUUCCUUUUUUUGGUAGCUUUGAAGGCCAUAUUGACCCUCACCCGGCCAGCGUCACAAUGCGAAUUGUCUCCGCAGCAAGAGGAAAAAAAGAAAGAAGAAUUCAUCGGCACUUUGACAUCGCCAUGGCGGUGCAGUCAAGCCAACGUCACUCAUAUUCAACAACCCAUGCCUACAGCAUUGGAAGAGACGACGCAGGGACGAAGCCCGCCAAGCCACUCUUCGUACGAAAUGCCACUCCGCCGAGACUCGACAGAACGAACACUGCAAGAUUCCUGCGAGGACUGUGUAAGGAGGUUCCUGUGUAA